AUGGAUAAAUCCAAAAGACUUGCGGUAAGCGGAGGAAUUUCCAAGAAUUCCAAUAUCUCCGAUAUUUCCAGACCGUACGCAAGAAUUCCACCCCCAGAUCAAGAGCCUCAAAAAAAGUUGAAAAAGAGGACGCCACAAAGACCAGCCACCGUUCCCACAGACAUAUACGUUUCGCGCAAAUCAAACUUUAGGGGUCAACUGUUCCGAGCAAAGAAACUCUUAUUGCAGGAUGGACAACCUUCGAUAACAAUUCACGGGUUAGGAGCAGCGAUACAGAAAUCGAUCGAUCUAGUGUUGACCUUGAGUGAUUUGAUGCAAAAUCAAAUCGUAUAUAAAGCCACAACCGGUACCGUCGAACUGGUGGAUGACAUCAUACCGGAAGACGACGAUAAGGAUUUGGAAACUCAGACAAGGAAUAAUUCCAGUGUUCGCAUCCAAGUGUCCCUGCACAAAGAUGUCAAGAGACGCGUUUUAACACAAAAGGGUCGGUCAUCAUACAAGUCCAAAUAA